CAGCUGUUUUUGUUUCACGUGUUUCUAUGCGUUUUUGUCGGGCCUACUAUUUUGUACUGUUUUCUUCAUGUCAGCCGGCCGGAUUGGAUUGCGAACUAGCGGGAAAGGGUUUGGGCAUUUUGGAAUGUGAAAUAGGUUUGUGAGGUUUGGAUUGGGAACUUGGGAGUUUUUUUUAGCAAUUUGGAAUCGGGAAUAAUGUUGGGUGUGGCUAAUUUCUGGAUUAGAACUAGGUCAUAGGGUAGGGACAAAACCUGCUUUUUCACCUCUUCCGCCCGUCUCGACAAUUAUCUUUUUAAACGUCCCUGACAGAACUGACUGUUGAGAAGGACUUGCGAUGACAUGUUCCAUAAUAAAUGGACAGCUGGAUGUUAUACGACUUAGGAAUACAAACCCUACCAGAGGACACCUACUACGCUUUAACACACUCUCCUGCCGGACCGAAAUUUACAGAAACAGCUACCUCCCAACAACAAUACGCGACUAGACCGGGGGUACCGACAAAGCCGAUGCUGCUUGCCAGAGACAAAACCACGCCUGCUGAAUCCGGAAAGACGUUAUUUCCAGCAGGCUCUGAUGCAUCGUCCAGUGCUGAAGAGUUAGAGUUGAGAAGGAUCAGAAAUGCUACAUCGAAACUACAUCCGGACAAGAAGUUUAGGCGGGGUCCACAUUGGCCAAAGUCCUGUCUUCGGAAAACAAAAUCAAAGAAACCGUGCCCGCCAUCUGACUAUAAGAUAGGACACUACAGGACAUGCGCUGUUGUUGGGAAUGGCGGCAUCCUCUUGGGCAGCCACUGCGGUGCGGACAUCGAUGCCAAAGGUUACGUCAUACGAAUUGAUGUGCCAGCUGUCACAGGGUUCGAAAAGGACGUUGGUCAAAGAACGGACAUGACAGUUUUGAACAUGGACACUCCCAAACGCCUCGAAAUAUCUUCUGGUUUGAAAAAUAGAAGCAUGGACAGGUACGAGAGUCGCUUGAGGAAGAUUAACGGUACCGUUCUACUGGCACAUAGAAAAUCCCAUCCUUAUCUCAAGAAGGCUUCCCAGCGAUACCACGUUUCCUUCGUCUUGUUGACCAGCGCAUCAACCUUUAAAAGUGCAACAAGAAUCAACCCGAUUGCUUCUAAGAUAGCCAGGAAGAGAUACAGGAAGAAUCAUCCUUCCACUGGCAUGGCGACCGUCCUCAUAGCAACCACGUUCUGUGACCGGCUGUUUCUGUACGGCUUCUUCCCGUUUGAUCAGGAUGAGAAACAGAGACCCCAUCCUUACCACUACUACCCAGAUGAUGGAGUAAGACAAAAACCGAUCGCUAAAGAUAAGAAACAUCACAUGGACGCGGAGUACAAGUUUUACAAAGGCCUGAACCAAAGCUCUAGAGGCGUUUUGAAGUUACAUAUUGGAGAAUGUGGCAACUUGUAAAAUGUCAUCUCUGCACCUUUCUUUAAAAAAAAAAUCUCUGUCAUCAUUUGUUUAUUCUACCUGUCCUCCACCCCCUUUUAUUGUCUGACUUUCCUGUAUACGUUACUGUGCACAAGAAAGUAUGCUGGAUACAAGUAGAUAUAAAGCAUAUCUCGAAACACACAAAACACUUUGUAAAUAUGAACUUCAGAUGUGUUAUAUUCGAUGUGUUAAAAGUCCAUGCAUGAUGCGUUUAGUAAACGAGGUUGUCGACACUUUUCCUUGUUGAUACAUAAAUCUAGUUAGAUAGAUUGGGUGACUGCUGUGUGACCUUAGUCUGUGUGACCUCAACAUUGAAUCUGGGGCACAUUGGGUGAUUGUAUAGCGUAGAUUUAUACUAACCAAACCACAACCGAGGUAUAUACAUCAUUUGGAUACUGUAUCGUCAUUUUGUAAUGCAACACCUUGUUUGUGGAUUUGGGAAGGCUUCGAGCAUUAAUAAAGGCAGACACGGCCAUGGGGACGUUCUUAUUGAUAAUUUCCCAUGAAAGUACGCUGGAAACCAGACUUUAGCCAGGGCCGUCAAAGAAUGACCCUAGAAAACGCAGACUCCUAGAGCUGCGCGCAAGGUUUACCGAUCCCCGCCACACGCGGCCCCAGAACACCUGCCCGCCCAACAUCCGCCCGCCCGACGAUCCAGCUGGCCUCAACUAGCGCUUGCCUCCACGGCAUACUAGUACGCAUCUACGACUACAUGCAUGGAACAUCCACCAUUUGCAACAAACAUCAGCUCAUUAGACUGUUGUUUGCAGUACUAGCUAUGGACGACAGGGGGCGCUCAAGCAACGAGCAGUCCAUAAUCUCAAAGUAGAUGUAGGGUCAGGCUCCGUUUUUCUCAACAUGUUUUCGAGUCAUGUACGAAAUGCCAUAAAACAACUUGCCCCCCAUGUCUGCUUCGAAUACAUUUUCAUAUGAAAACUGGUGUUCUCUCCUUUGGAAAUAUCUACGCAGAAGUUAGGGACAAUUUCUUUUUUCCACCUCAAGCAAGUGAAGCACAUGUUAGUAGUACGAGAAACAGGUGCCCAUCAUGAUUAGCAGUUCAAUCAAUGAUAGUAUGGCAAUUAGUAAUUAGAGAACGUCCGUCAAAUAUUGGUUUUAUUUUGCAUAUCUAAAUUGCUAUAUAUCUUUUCUUUGUAUAGGAGUACUUAAAAUGUUUAUCAUUUGAUCUUGUAAUUUCAAAAUAUGGGCAUAAUGCAAUUAGAUUCCACUGUAACUUGUUUGGGGGGAAAACUAAAUGGGCUGAUUCUAUAGAUAACUUUUGUUUGCCUAAUUGACUUUGGUUUCAUUCUGUCAUGUCAACAUGAAAAUACUGCAAUCAUUUGAAUAUUCACAGUGUAAUAAAGUGUAGUGUUUAAAACAGUUGCAACUGUCUAUUUUGAAAGUUUCCCUCUUGCUUGGUAACAGGCAAGUAUAGUCGCUGACACAAAUGUCUUCCAUAGAAGUCUGUUUGACUUUACCUUUGAACCCACAACCGGGUAAGAACGCUGUAAAAGUUUGGUCUUGAAAAAGGCUAAUCAACUCCAGGAAGAAACCUGUCAACUCUGGCCCUUUUCAAUGGUGGAUUGCUGGCAAGGAACAUGAACAAGAGUUACAGAACCACCAAACCUAGGUCACAUUUUAAUCUCUAAGCAGAUUUACCAGUGG